UAUUCAUACGCUCAUAUUAAGUGAGUGAUAUUGAAAUCUUUUUAAAAAGAAAUUUUAGAAACAAUUUAUCAAAAAGUUAUAUUUUAUUAGAAAAUAUGUAUGUUAAGUUUACUGUUAACAAACAUAUUCGCAAAAUCAGGAAUGACUUUAUUUAGGGUCAAUCCGUAACAUGAUAAUCUAGAAUUUGACUAAUUUAUGCUAUAGAUUUAAUAGCAAAAUAGAAUAAAAUAAUAUAUAUAUGUAAGCAAUAUAUGUAUAUAAUAACGUAACGAAAUGUUAGCAACGUUUCUUCUUUCGAAGAGUACUAAAACUCAAAUUAUAUUGCCAUUUCAAAGGUUAAAUAUCACGUUUAAUGUAAUAAGAACUAAUUCAUCAUCAUCAUCAUCUGAUUCUUCUUCUUCUGAUUCGGAUUCAGAUGCUGAAAUUUCUGAUAAAAUUAAUGAUAAUUUAAGAGGUAUAGACUACUUACAAAGUGCAAAAGCAGCACGAAAGAGAAGACAAAUAGAAUAUGAGUUAACCAAAGCAGCCCAAAUUUUAACUACAACAUCAGACCAAGAUAAAGGAAAAAUUCUUUCAGUUUUGUUCGAUAAUAUCAAUAAAAUUCAGACUGUAGAUAAUAUAUUAAGUAAAAGUAAUGAAGAUAAAGCUAAAAGUAAAACAAGGACUAUUAAUAACGAAUCUAAAGUACCACAAAAAUCAUCUAUCAUUCCUAAGCUAGAAAGUCAGCGAAAAAAAAUAAGGGAUGUCAAUGAUAAGUUUGAAAGAAAACAUGAAAUAGAGAAAGAACCAUCAAUAAUUGAAAUGCUUAAAAGCCAGUUAAGUAAGGUAAAGGAUAUUGAUGAUAAAUUUGAAAUAAAAUAUGAGAAACAAAUGGAACCAUCUAUAAUUCAUAAGCUAAAAAGUGAGCAGAAGGAAAUAAGGGAUGUUAGUGAUAAGCUUGGAAGAAAACAUGAAAUAGAGAAAGAACCAUCAAUAAUUGAAAUGCUUAAAAGCCAGUUAAGUAAGGUAAAGGAUAUUGAUGAUAAAUUUGAAAUAAAAUAUGAGAAACAAAUGGAACCAUCUAUAAUUCAUAAGCUAAAAAGUGAGCAGAAGGAAAUAAGGGAUGUUAGUGAUAAGCUUGGAAGAAAACACAAAACACAAAAGGAACCAUCAAUGAUUGAAAUGCUUAAAACCCAAUUGAGUAAGGUAAAGGAUAUUGAUGAUAAGUUUGAAAUAAAAUAUGAGAAACAAAUGGAACCAUCUAUAAUUCAUAAGCUAAAAAGUGAGCAGAAGGAAAUAAGGGAUGUUAGUGAUAAGCUUGGAAGAAAACACAAAACACAAAAGGAACCAUCAAUGAUUGAAAUGCUUAAAACCCAAUCGAGUAAGGUAAAGAAUAUUGAUGAUAAGUUUGGAAUACAAUAUAAAGGACAAAUGGAACCAUCUAUAAUUUACGAACUAAAAAGUCAGCAAAAGAAAGUAAGGGAUAUUAGUGAUAAGCUUGUAAAGAAAUAUGAAACACAAAAGGAACCAUCAAUAAUUGGGAUGCUAAAAUAUGUAGCUCAGAAAAAACCAACUGUAAUUGGAAAACUAAUAAGACAGCAAAAAAGAUCCAGCAUCAUUGAUGAUAAUGAGAGCAAUAAUACAGAUUAUGAAAGAAUCUUCGAUGAUUUUUUGGAAAAUACCGAUAUUCCUAAAUUUAAAAUAUGGGACGCUUGGGAAAGGGAGAAAUUGCAACUUUCAGUAUCUAAAUACCCUACAAAUGCAUUUCAAGAAAUGAUUGAAUGGUCUAAAGAAGGAAAACUAUGGAAAUUUCCUAUAGAUAAUGAACAAGGGAUGGAAAAGGAACAAAAUGUGCAUUUCUCAAAGCAUGUAUUCUUAGAACGUGAGUUGACACCAUGGUGUCCUCCUAAGGGUCCAAUACGACAUUUUAUGGAAUUGGUAUGUGUUGGACUUUCAAAGAACCCAUAUAUGACAAUUGAAGAAAAGUAUGAUCAUAUAAUGUGGUAUAAAAAUUAUUUUAAGGAUAAACAUGAUUUAUUAGAAAAAUUAGGAGUUGGAGGAUAGAACUAGUACAAAAAACUGGCAAAAAAACAAAUUGAAAUGUAUUAACUGUUUUUUAAAAAUAAAAAUUAAAUAAAAUAAUACACAUAAUUAUGUAGUUGUUAUUUGUUAAAAAUA